UUGACAUCAUAUAAUAUUCGAACAUCAACAUAUGAAUACUGGUCUAGUAAUCCAUUAUUGAAAUGUGAUGUUGUUGCUUCAGCUAUGAGCCGUAAACAGUUUCUUGAUAUAAAAUCUAAAAUAAAAUAUUCUAAAACAUGUAAUCAAACUAGUGUUGAUAAAGCUUGGAAUGUUCGUGAUCUUAUCAACAUAUUUAGAAAAAAUAUCCAGCAGUUUGGUUUUUUUUUCAACGGCACUUGUUGUGGAUGAGAUGAUGGUGCGAUUUUUUAGUCGAACUAGUUUGAAGCAGUACUUACCUUCAAAACCGGAUAGAUAUGGUUUAAAAUUUUGGGGACUAUGUGAUGUUAAUGGAUAUAUAUUUGAUUUAGACAUUUACGGUGGUAAGAGAGGUGAUGAAAAAAAUGAAAAAUUGGCUUCAUGUGCUCUUGGUUCUACUGUUGUUUUACAAAUGGUAAACAAGUUGUUGAUGGAUGUUUCAAAAAGAAAAUUGUGUCAAUAUCAUUUGUACAUGGAUAAUUUUUUUACAAGUCCUGAUCUGCUCGUACAUUUGAUGAAAAACGGUCUAAAGGCAACUGGUACUGUACGACGAAACAGAAUAGAAAUAAAGCAUGAAUUUGACAAGAAAGCUGUAAAAGCGGCUUCUGUCAGUCCUAUCAAACCCCUCAAAAGGUAUUCAUCCGAUGUUCGUAAUAAAGCAGAAAUUCGGUUUCCUUCAGCUUUUGUUACUUACAAUAAAUUUAUGGGUGGUGUGGAUACCCAUGAUUUUAGAUGCAAAAAACUGUACCAAAAAUAAAUUCAAAAAAGUGGACAUGGUCAGUUUUUAUUCGACUAAUACAAUCAUCCAUUGUAAAUGCAACAGUUAUUUACAAUAUUUGCAAAGAAGACGGUAAGGUAAAAACCAAAACCAUGGCUAUGAAAGUUAGCGAGUCAUAUUUAUUGGGUAAGUCAAGAAAUUUGAUAGAGCAUAAAUUUGAUUCAAAAGCAAGACGAGUUUGCUCUGUAGAAAAGUGUAUUUUGCGAACAACACGGUAUUGUUUAGAUUGUAACAAUUACUUUUGCGUUAAUUGUUUCCAAAUUAUUCAUAAAUGAAACGCAAAAUACCAUGAAAGACGGUAAGGUAUUUGAAGAAUAAAAGUAAGAUAGAAAUAUAUGAAAAAAUUACAAAAAAAAAACAAAAAAAAACAAACAAAAAAAAACAAAAAAAC